AUGGGUAGUUAUUUGCUUGCUCAACCCUGGUCAGUAGAUUUUGAUAUGUCUAACAAUGAGGUUCAAUCGGUAGUUGUUUGGAUUCACUUACCAGGUCUAUUGAUUCAUUUGUAUCAUAAGCAAGUUUUGAGGGCAAUUGGGGAUGUUGUGGGGAAUGUUGUCAAAGUGGAUUACAAUACUAGUGACAUCUUGCGAGGCAAGUUUGCUCGGUUGGCUAUCUCUGUUAAUUUAAAGGAACCUUUGGUGGCUAAGUUCUUGAUCAAUGGAAGAGAACAGUUAGUUGACUAUGAAUAUUUGCCAGAUGUUUGUUUUCAUUAUGGAAGAUAUGGGCAUAAUAGUCAAUUGUAUAUGAUUAGGAAGGAGCAGGUAGGGGUGGAUGGGAGUAAAAAUAAUGGUGGUGAGAGUGGUUCUGGUGGUGGAAAUGAUGAUGAAGGAAAUAAUGGAAAGGGAGAGUUUGGACCAUGGAUGGUGGUAUCUAGGAGAGGGGGGAGGGCUCCACGAACGGUGGCACAUGUUGAAGGUAAGGGUGGUUCCAGAUUCUGA